AUGAGGCCAAUAAGUCAUAGCAACUUCAUAAACAAGAUAAUUUCUAGAGUGUUACAUGACAAGCUUGAUCAUAUUCUUCCUAGGCUUAUUUCAGCUAAUCGGUCUCGUUUUGUUAAAGGGAGAAACAUCAUUGAAAAUGUCUUGUUGACUCAAGAAAUUGUGUCUGACAUCAGAUUGAGAGGAAAACCUGCAAAUGUAGUUUUGAAACUUAAUAUGACUAAGUCCUAUGAUAGAGUAUCAACUAAGGUACUCAGGAAGAUGGGGUUAUGGGAUGCCAAAAUGGAGUGCAAUCUUAACCACUUGGCAUAUACAGAUAACACCAUAAUCGUUUCCUCAGCAGACAAUGAUUCACUAAACAUGAUCAUGAAGGUGUUACAGGAUUAUGAGAAGGUGUCUGGUCAGCUGAAUAACAAAAGGAAAAGUUCAUUUUACAUGUUUGCUAAAGUUUUACAGAAUAUUGUAGGGGUGGCAGCAACUAUAGGAUUUUCAAGAGGUUGUUUUCCUUUUGUGUACUUAAGAUGCCCAAUUUCGCAUGCUAAGAAGAGGAAAACAGAUUAUUCUGAACCUAUUAAAAAGGUGAAGGAUAAACUGCAAGCUUGGAAAGGGAGGUUGCUAUCACCUGGAGGAAAGGUUGUGCUGAUAUCAAGUGUAUUUCAAAGUGUCCCUAUACAUCUAUUAUCUGCGGUGAAACCUCCAAAAUGUGUUAUCAAGGAAAUACAUCAAUUAUUUGCCAAUUUUUUGGAGUAA